GCUACCUCGAUUGCCGUGCACGUGAGUGGUCUUAAAAUGUUUACCCACGUAGAGGAGCAGUCCUGCGAACGAUUGUCACUCCACCGUGCCCUCUAGGGGCCUCUUCGUCAGCAACGGGCGGCGGCUGGCUCGUCCAAGCAAGAGGUACGGCAGACAGCCAGUGACGUUUAAAAAGUGACCUCGGAGCGUGGCCCGGCGGCCGCUGUGGAUUACCCUACAGCUUUCACGCCGAUGCCAGGGAAGGCGGACGAAGAGAGAGGAGGAGGAGGAGGAGGAGGAGGAGGAGGAGAAACGAGGCGCACGAGUCGAGGAUCACCAUCCAGGCCCCAAAAUUGGGCAAUGGCCCCGGGCGCGGGCACGAGCAAAGUUCAGCAGGGCGGAGCUGCGGACGGUUCAAGCGACACGAAUUACCCUCAAAACGUAUCGGCGCCGCGCGGGCAGCACGAGGAAGCAACUGAAACGACAGGCACAGGGACUAGGGCCGGGAAAUACCAUACAAACAGCACAGAGGAAGCGGAGCCACAAUGCCGUGGCGCGCUGGAGGGCUGCUAGACGCAACCUGCUGAGUACGAAAAGUAUUGGCAUGCACGUCACUGUGGCGUUGUUUGGCUACCGGCGGGCGCAGAGUGAACGCCCCCGGCGCGUUCAAACACAACGCUUGGGGACCAACGCAGGCUACACAGUGUUGACUCCAGCACCCCCCCAGGAGUGACCCCACCACGCCCCGCCACAAUUGCGCUUCUGAAUUAAAACGUCCGCGAAUGCCAGGGCAAGACCCACACAGCACUACGCACGGUCGGAGGCAUGACCGAACGAAAGACAUCCGCGGCAACGGAGAGUAACACCAUUGCCGCAAAGCGUCGGAGCCGACCAAAAAAGUGCGCAUAAGGGGGGAAUGGGGGGGAAAGGGAAGAGGACAGAGGAGAACAAAGAACGACUUCCAAGGCGGACGCCAAUCGCGGGAAGAACGAAAAGGGGAGCGAAACUGGAACGGCAAAUCUUUGCAGUGAGACGCUCUGGGGCGGAGCAAACAUUGCAAUGGUGGGCAGCCCGAGGGGUGCGGGUAAUCGGGGACAGGGCCGAUCAACGAGCUGAAGCCAUUACUUCCA